AUGCCUAACUUGGUGUUUGAGGGUGCCUGUGAAGCCCCAUGUUUGUGUUCCUCUUUCCUGAACUGGUCUGCACAGCAACACCUAGAGCAGGCUAAAACGUUCAUAUCGGGACAACAUUUAGCCGACGUGCCUUUCUUGGGGUCGACCCGAUUCCUGCCUGUCCUGAGUCAGAAAGUCCAAAACUCUGAAGAAUCCUGUAUUAGGAUUUCCAGCAUUGUCCAGAUGGUGUGGGUGUUCAUCAUGAACCGGAUGGGUUCUCAGGGCAGCACGGUCACCCAGCAGAGACGCAUGGCCCUGGGAGUGGUCAUCCUCCUGCUGGUGGACGUCAUCUGGGUGGCUUCCUCCGAGCUCACCUCAUACAUAUUCAAGCGGCAGGAGUACAAUAAGCCCUUCUUCAGCACGUUCACCAAGACCUCCAUGUUUGUGCUGUACCUGUUGGGGUUCCUGCUGUGGAGGCCAUGGAGGCAGCAGUGCACGGGCAGUCUCCGGGGACGACACGCUGCCUUUUUUGCUGAUGCCGAAGCCUACUUUACCCCCUGUAUCAACAACACCAGUUUGAAUGACCAUACCCUAAGUGAACCCCUGUACGUUCCAGUGAAGUUUCAGGACCAUCCCACAGAACAGACAAACUGUGCCAAUGGAGACUGUGAUUCCACCUCUAAAAAACAGCGGUUGCGCUUCAGCAACAUCAUGGAGGUGCGGGACAAGCUCACAGUCACCGAUGUGGCCAAGAUCAGCUUCUUCUUCUGCUUUGUUUUGUUCCUAGCCAACCUCUCCUACCAAGAGGCCCUGUCGGAGACUCAGGUUGCUAUAGUGAACGUUCUGUCCUCCACUUCAGGUCUCUUCACCCUCAUCCUGGCGGCCAUAUUUCCCAGUAACAACAGUGACCGCUUUACUCUGUCCAAGCUUUUAGCUGUGGCUCUGAGCGUGGGAGGAGUGGCUCUGGUCAGUUUUUCCAGCAUGGACAGCCCCGAUGGAAAGGGCACUACAGGGUUCGUGGGGUUGUUCAACCUGCUCCUCCUGUGGCCAGGCUUCGUUAUGCUUCACUACACAGGCUUUGAGGCCUUUGAGCUGCCCAGCAAGCUAGUGUGGACCUACGUCCUCAUCAACGGCCUCAUCGGCACUGUGCUCUCCGAGUUCCUCUGGCUCUGGGGCUGCUUCCUCACAUCCUCCCUCAUAGGCACUCUGGCCCUCAGCCUCACCAUCCCACUGUCCAUCAUAGCAGACAUAUGCAGAAGGUGCGUUUCUCCUGGCUGUUUUUUGCUGGAGCGGUUCCCAUCUUCCUCUCCUUCUUCAUCGCCACUCUGUUAUGCCACCUCAACAACUGGGACCCUGUCAUGGUGGGGCUACGAAGAGUGUUUGCUUUUAUUUGUUGCUCGAAACAUCGGAUUCAAAGAUUGCCAGAGGACAGCGAGCAGUGUGAAAGCCUUAUUCCCUUAAGUCUCCCAUGACAAUGAAAGCUUCUGCUCGUGAUCCACCAGCCAGUCACAAGAUCAUGAAUACAGCGCAGAGUGGCAUGUUGAAGUGACAAUCUCGAAGCAACCAAGCAGAGACCUUGAACUACCCCCAGUGCCUCUUAUUCAACCUAUGUAUUCUCUGCAGUGUGGAGAUGACGUUCCAUCUCUACAAGAUUAACUCCUUUUACUUUGUACAGCGUUGAUGCGACUUGUCGUUGACUGAGAUUCUGUUUUGCUAUGUUGGAUGUCGUUGUUUAAAAAGAAAAACUUUGAUGGUACUGAAGGUGCCGGCCUUUUAUAAAUGGUUCAUAGUGUCAUGUUACAAGUUUAAAUAAUGGGACAGAGAGGUUUCAUAAGAAGAAGAGCAAGGUUGUUUUUCCCGUGGCAGCAAUUUGAACCAAUGAAAGGGUCUUUCUUUGUUGCAAGGAGAAAAGUGUUUUGAUUGGCUCAUGUAGAUGUUACCUCUUGUUGGGUUUCUGAAGCCUCACUGCUUCUUACAUUAUACAUUUUAGUCAUUUAGCAGACGCUCUUAUCCAAAGCGACUUACAGUUAGUUAGUGCAUACAUUUUUCAUACU